GUAAAGAGUACAAAGUGUUCGCUUAUCUUAACUUUUAUAGUAGUCUCAUAAUUAAACUUCACAAGUAGUUACUGCUACUGCAUACAUUGGUCAUUGGAGGAUCAUAAUAAACCUUUGAUUGCAUGCCUAAAUUUUCCAAACUUAUUGUGCCGGCCUCUUGUUUCGGUAUUAUACAUAUAUUUUUCAUUUUUCUCUUGAUUAAAAGAUAUAAAAAUUUACAAUUGAUUAUAACCUAGUUUUGGGAUCGAGGCUGUGGAGAUAAAAAGUCAUUUAUCAAAACGAGUAAAAAUAUCUAUGACGGAGUAUAAAAUUGCAUGGAUAUAAUGCUUUUGAAAGUUCUAAAAUGUAGUGAUUGUAUACCAAAUGUGCAGAUUUCUUUUAUAUAAAUUUAUGAUGAUUUUUUAUUGUAUUGGUAUUAACUAUUAAUGGCUAAACACUUUAAUUAUUAUUUCAAUAUUGGUGGCUGUGAAUAACAAAAAGAUCGAAUUAUGGGCGGCAGUAUUAGAACUCUUCUCUUCUUCCCGUGUUUCGACGCGGCUAAAAGAGCACGAACGACGCAACUAAAAGAGCACAAACGACGCAUCAAAGCAUGUAACAGCUUGUAGAGUCAAACAUUUGAUAUAUGCAGAGCCCAAAAUUUCAGCCCAAAGCGGUGCAUAGGAGAACCUCUCUGUGACAAGGAAGCCGAGACCGCCGCCUUCAGUCCACCGGCAACGAUCAUCUCUCCCGGUUACAUUCUUCCCAGCGGCCCUCUGCUCUCGGCGGAGAAGACUCUAGGAUGGAAAAUUUAGGGCCAGCGGCAGAUGAUGAAGUUCACCCAACUAGGAUCCGUGUUCGCCCAAAUAGGAAGCCUCGCAUUGUGAUAGAGGACUACAUGCCUGCGCUGGGAGCCUACCUGCCAAGAGAAACAGAGCCAGUUGAUGUCAACGUGAUACGUGAAAUCAAUGCGAGGUUGACUUCAGUUAUGGAAGACGUGAGAGUGAUGAAGAGGAGGCUGACUCGCAUCGUGAUCUUACAGCUGCUCUGCUUGAUGGUUGCAAUAUCUGGUUUGCUUGUCAAACUCUUCAGUAGGAAGUAGUAAAUAAAAGAGUAAGUAAUAGUCCUCUUGUAUCAUAUGUAUAAUCUCAGUCAAAUGAGGUAUUCCUGUAAACCUGGAAGUGUUCCUGGGGCUAGGAUGUAUUUAAUAUGGCGAAACCCGGGGUGACCUGUUAUGUAAUAUGACUAUCUUCUUCUAACUGUUGCUUUUUGCUGGCUGGCUGGCUGGCUGGCUGCUUGCAAUUAGAUAAAAAAGUGUCUGAACUAUGGUUGUGGCCCUUCUGUAUAGGUGAGCGUUUGACCACGCAGUUGUGCUAUUUGUAAAACAAAGUAGUACACCAACUUGUUCACCUGCUCAAAUUGAAAUCAUUUUUGCUGUCAAAGGCUUGCCUAUGGAAAUAAUAAUCUUGUAGUAUGUGCAAGUUAG